AUGUAUGAUAGUACUUGCGGUGCGGCUGCAAGCGGUCAGUGUGGAGCCCCACAGCACGAUUGCGAUGGAGUUACGUCGCGGGAUCCUCCCCCGGCGCCUGUUGAGCAGGACUACAGUGGUUUUGAUAUCGUCAAAGCGACGCAAUACGGCGCCUAUAAUCGUGUUAAAGAGCUAGUUGAGGCUGGCUGGGACGUAAACCAGCCUGAUUAUGAGACUGUAACUCUUCUCCAUUGGGCUGCCAUCAACAACAGACGAGAGAUAAUAGAAUACCUUCUCUCAAAAGGUGCCAAGGUCGAUGCUAUCGGUGGGGAGCUUCAAUCGACACCCUUGCAGUGGGCUACCCGACAGGGCCACCUUGAGGCGACUGUGCUAUUGGUGCGCGCGGGGGCGGACCCCACCCUGCGCGACGCCGAAGGCUGUGGAAGCUUGCAUUUGGCGGCGCAGUAUGGCCACACAGCAGUCGUGGCGUACCUAGUGGCGCGUGGCGUUGAGCCCGACGCGCCCGACGCGGGAGGCAUGACUCCUCUCAUGUGGGCCGCCUGGAAGGUCACCUCGGUGGAUCCCUGCCGUCUGUUGCUUUCGCUCGGCGCGUCGCCUAAUCCUCAGGACCAAUCCCACGGCAACACGGCUCUGCACUGGGCAAUUCUAGCGAGAAACACGACGGCCAUAUGUACUUUAGUUCUUUACGGCAAUGCGAGCCUGGACAUACCAAACCACCGAGGCGCCACCCCGCUGAGUAUGCUCCAGAGCGAUCCCAAAGCAAUUUGGGUCGGCAGCAAAGUUUCAGAAAGGGUUCGAGAACUGUCUACCUCAAAGAGUAACUUUUUACGAAGGAUAACGUACGAUAGAAAAUUCCGAUGGUGGUGCGUGGUGAUCCUGCCUUUUCUGGCGUUCUACGUGACGGGGCUGGUGGUGGAGACCGACGUCCCGCUUCCGGUCAAGGCGCUCAUCCUGGUCUUCUUCUACGCCUCGUUGCAUUUCACCACCAACUCGCUCUUCGACGACGAGCUGAAGAACAUAUUACCGUUGAGCGUGUACAUGGCGACGAAGCUGUGGUUCUACGUGACGUGGAUGGUGGUGAUCGCACCUGCCGUGAGCGGCGCGGCCACCUUCGGCUUCCUGGCCAGCUCGGCGCUCCUGUGGUAUACGUUCCUGCGCUCGUGGCGCUCCGACCCCGGCGUGAUCGCGGCGUCGCGGGCCGACAAGCUGCGCACCAUCGUGGAGCUGUCGGAGCGCGGCGGCGGCGGCGCCUUCGAGGCGGCGCGCUUCUGUUCGGCCUGCCUCGUGCGGCGGCCGCUGCGCUCCAAGCACUGCUCCGUGUGCAACCGCUGCGUGGCGCGCUUCGACCACCACUGCCCCUGGGUGGGCAACUGCAUCGGCGUCGGCAAUCACCGCCACUUCGUGGGCUUCCUGCUGUGCCUGCUGGCCAUGUGCGGCUGGAUGGUGUGGGGCGGCGUGCGCUACUACCGCGCCUCGUGCGGCCCGGAGCCGCUGGCCUGGCCGCAGUGCGACGCGUGGCUGGCGUGGGUGCUGCUCAAUGCGCUGUUUCACCUGUUCUGGGUGUCGGUGCUGAGCGGCUGCCAGCUCUACCUGGUUGUGUGCCUCGGCAUGACCACCAACGAGCAGCUCAACCGCGGACGAUACCCGCACUUCCAGGCGCUGGGCGGCCGUUCGCCGUUCAGCCGCGGCCCGCUGCGCAACCUGGCCGACUUCCUGCAGUGCGGCCCCGCAGCUGCGCGCGCGCACCACCACGUGUGA